AUGUAUUUAUCUUUCAUUAUAUAUUUAUUUAUAAUUUCAAAAAUAAAUAGUUCAUUAAAUUUGAAAAGGGAAGUGAAUACAUUAAAAGCGUUUCAUUUUCUUAAUACGCAUUUACAUAGAAGAAAAUUUUUUUUAACAUAUUUAACAAAAAAAGAAUCAAGCCGUCAUGAAAUAUAUAGAAAAAGAUAUGAGAGGCAAUUAAAAGAUGCAUUACAAUCAAUUAUAUAUAAACAAGGUAUUAAACUAAAUUAUAAGUAUCAUAUAGAUGAAGAUAUAAUAGAAGGAAUAAGUAUUUAUAAAGUUGAAUUAAGUAGUGAUUGUUCUGUUGCUAAAGUAUUUGUAGAAAUUAUGGGAGAUUCUAUCGAUUCUAGACAAGGAUAUAUAUGGAUUAAAAAAAACACCAAAGGCAUCCGUUAUAAACUAGCUCAAUUAAUUAGAGACAAAAAAAGAGUUCCUUUUUUAAAUUUUGUUUUAAGUAAUUUAAGUGAACAAACACAAUUAUUUUGUGAGAUAGAAAAUAUAAAAGAAUAUUAUGCAGAUAUGUUUAAAGAUGAAAUAAAAAAUGAAGAAGAGUUAGAAAAAUAA